AUGUCUUGCAGGAACCUUUUCGACACUGAGGAUGAACUCUGUAAUAUCCAAUGGGAUUCUGUACCUAUGGAUGUCCGGGAGUGGUUGACUGGGACCUUUGCAAGGAAAAAAGAGCCACACAGAAAGGAUCUUGAGGAAACAGCGACCAUACGGACUAUUUCAUAUGCUGUCCAGACUGGUGUUUUGGUAGAAAGGAAAUUCCGUACAACCACUAGUUCAGUAGGAAUCGCAUAUCCAGCAGAAGUAGUAGAAACGUUUAAGGAUGUUGAUAAUUGGGAUUUUAAUGUGUUUACCUUAAAUGAAGCUAGUGAAGGGCAUGGCUUGACAUUUAUAAUGUGUGAACUGUUCAGCAAAUAUGACCUUCUGAGCCAUUUCAAGAUCCCUGUUACCUGCCUAAUUGCAUUUGCAAAAGCUCUGGAGGUUGGUUACAACAAAUACCAAAAUCCGUAUCACAAUUCAAUCCAUGCCAUAGAUGUUACCCAGACUGUGCACAGCAUCAUGCUUCAUACUGGAAUCAUGCACUCAUUCACUGACCUGGAGAUAUUAGCAAUUUUUUUCAGCACCUCAAUCCAUGAUUAUGAACAUACUGGGACAACAAACCAUUUCCAUGUUGAGACAAGGUCAGAAACUGCACUUUUGUAUAAUGAUAAAUCUGUUCUUGAAAACCAUCAUGUGAGUGCUGCUUACCAUCUUAUGGAAAGUGAAGAUAUGAACAUCCUAGCCAAUUUAAACAAAGAGGAAUGGAGGGAAUUGCGUCGUCUAGUCAUUCAGAUGGUUUUAUCUACAGAUAUGUCACAUCAUUUCCAGCAAAUGAAUACCUUGAAGAAUUGUCUGCGAUGUCUGCGGCAAAUGGAAAGGGAACACAAAAGUAAAAUCAUGUCUAUGAUUGUACAUGCAGCUGACAUAAGUCAUCCAGCAAAGCCAUGGGAAUUACACGAAAAAUGGGCCAAAGCAUUAAUGGAAGAAUUCUUCAAACAGGGAGACAAGGAGGCUGCGUUAGGGUUGCCCAUUUCUUCACUCUGUGAUCGCCAGACUACCAAUAUUGCUGAAUCUCAAAUAGGCUUUAUUGAUGUCAUAGUAAAACCAAUAUUUGCUCUUCUACUUGAAACUCUGGAUAAAAUUGUUGCUCCUCUUAUACAUGAAGCUGCUAAAUCUCCAUGUGUUGCUUCCUCUGGAGAAUCUCGCCAAUCUGUGGGGAGGGGGACCCUGAAUGAAAGUACUUGCUCAGAAAGAGAGCUUUUAGCUGCCUUAAAUGUACUGAGCUUUAAAGAUCAGUUGAUGCUGAAUAUUCAAACAAACAGAAAUAAGUGGAAAGAGAGUCAGGUGACCACAACUAAAGAAUCACCAGGAACAAAAAGUAAGAAGGCUAAAGUUCAAGUAAGUAAAGGUAAAGCGGAGGAAGAAAAACCCCAGAAAACGUCAAAGGGCAAAAACGACCCUCCGAAGUUCACGAGUUAUUGUGUCUCCCCACAAAGCCCCGCAGCUUGCCAUUGCCAGCUUUGUGACAGCAGCUCAUUGGAACCAAUGGAUGUCAGCUUCAUAGUUUACAAUGCAAGUGCUUCAGAAGUGUCUCAGCCACAUCAGGAUGCUGAUGUCAUGGAUGUCACAGAAUCGUAUGCAUUCCGGUACCACAAAGUGGACAUGUCGGAGGACCUGGAGAAAUCAAUCCCCAACCAGCACCCUCCAAAGAAGAACCAGUGGACUGCUGGAGCCUAA